CUUCACACAGAGACCUUUUGGUCAAUAUCCCCGGGCGUUGAGCAUAAAAAUGCUCUUGAAAAAAAGACGCAGUGAACUCCUGCGCCUUCCUGCUAUUCCGAGAACAGAACCUAGUCCAUAUGAAACCAAACUGACCUUCUUGAAUGAUCCGUACAAUGAUCCCAAUUAUGAUUUUGUUGAAGAACAAGACGACAAUUAUGAACAUUUGCCUGAACCAAGGGAAGAAAACGAAACCACAACUGACAAGGAGCGAAUGAAUGUAGCUUCUUACUUGGAUUCUACAAACCUAGAUGAUACUUAUCUAGAAGUAAUGCAUUCCUCAAAUGAAGAAAGUUAUGAGUUGAUAAAUGAUUCCGUUGAAAGUACGACUACAAGGGAAAAGAACGAAACUCCAAUUGACAAAGAGCGAAUGAGUGAAGCUUCUUACUUGGAUCCUAUAAAUCCGGAGAGUAACUAUCUUAAAGUAAUGCAGUCUUCAAAUGAUGAAAGUAAUAGGAAUGUCAAUCCCUACACAGAGUUGAUAAAGGAUUCCGUUGAAAGUACGGAUAGAACGCAAGUUAAUGAUGACGUGCAAGAAAAUUAAGAAUACAGUAGCAAUGCAUCAGGAAACUGAUGAUUUGAAGAAAUACUGAAACCAAAGUUUACUUUUUUACUUUGGUUAAAAUUAUUAAAAAGGACAUUUUUUUAUUUAUUGGUGUAAUACUCCUUAUUAAAGUUAAUGGUUUUCAAAACGAACUAAGAUGUAAAUGAGAAAAAGGUAAUUAAAAAAAACAUCAAUAUUUUUGGCCAAAAAAAGAAAGCGUUGAAAAGGAAACUUUUUAGGGAAUAACUAUCUUCUAAUUUUGCGACAGUUAAAUCAGCAUUAAUGGUCGCAAAUACCAAAUUAGAAGAUCAGUUACUCCCAUUCUAAUGCAAUUCAUGUAUUUUGUUUUAUGUCUUCAAAUGCUCGGCAGGCUCACCGCAGCUAGUUUUUGCUUAGUUUGCUCAAGUUUAAC